GGUCCGAGCGGUUCAAACGGCUCAAACACUUCGAACGGCGGCGUCGGCGGCAGCAGAGCGCGGAGCUUCUGUGCCGGUCUUUCGCCUUUCUUCUCCCAAUGCUGAUGGAUCCCAGUCCAUCGUCGUUGCCGUUGUCGCACGGAUUAUUGUCAUCGCACGCACUCGGAUCCCGCUCGCUGGUGGCUGCGCUGGCUCGAAGUGCAGGAUGCCCUCUGCACUGGACGCGCACUUCAACAAAUACAACCGGCGGCUCUUGGCCUCUCGCCCGGUCAUCGUCUCGCGGCUGUCGGACAAGUCGACGCGGCGUGUUUCCUUUCCCUCUUCACUGACGUUGAGCCUCUACAUAACCACAUGCAUUAUCCUAUCCGUCGCUGGCGCCAACUCGGCGGACGUGGCGCCAAACCUCUGCCGCCUCAUGGACCAGCCUCUGUACUGCCGCUGCAACGUUGAGGACUUCGCGGACGACGCCACGGACGUGCUCUGCUACGUCACCAGGCCGAUAACGCCGGACCACGCUGUGUUCCAUUCUUUUCAAGGUCACGCAUCCGUCGUUUCAUUGGCCUUCAACGCGUUCAACCUCAAGCACAAACUGUCUUUCGUGCCCUCUGGCGCCCUGAGACACUGUUCUCGGCUGGAGCGACUGAAGUUCACACAGUCAGACUUGGGCGCACUGAAGACACAUUCUUUCUACAACCUCGCCAGGCUAGCAUGGCUUUCACUGGAUUCGAACGCCAUAACGAUCCUGGAGAAAGAAUGUAUCGCCGACCUGCCGCGUCUAAAGAGGCUCGAACUUGGUGACAACAGGUUGACUGCUGUUCCAGCCGGAUCUUUCCGUAGUCUUCCGGCUCUAACGCAUGUCUUUCUCGAGCGAAACGGGAUCAGGAACAUCGAGGACUGUGCCUUCGAGGAGUUUUCCAACGUCAGAGAACUGGACCUGAGCGACAACGUCAUCGAGAGCCUCACUGAGCAAACAUUCAAGGGCCUUUCGCGGGCGAUACGGCUUGAUUUGUUUCGCAACAAGAUCAAAAGGCUCGGAGCGCGGGUGUUCGGCGCGAUGCCCAUGCUCGUCGAGCUCGACCUCAAGUACAACGGCGUUGCCGAGGUGGACCCGUUGGCUUUCGACGGCCUGCCGCAACUGAACAUCAUCUACUUGGCGUACAACCGGCUUCGCACCCUUCCCGCCCAGUUGUUCAUGGGUGCUCCCAGCCUGCUCAGUGUAGACCUCUCGCAGAACGAGCUGCUCACGCUUACUUGGAGGACUGUUCAAGACUUGAGAAAGAUCGACGCCGAGUCCUUCCACAUGGGCCUCGUGGGGAACCAGUUCAUCUGUGAUUGUGCUCUGGACUGGGUGCAGCGCCUGGAGAAUGCCACGCGAAACGACAAGUUCCGGCGCGAACUGCGAGACAUCACUUGCUGCUUCGACGAUGGGCCGGCGGCGACGAGUAGCCCGAGCUGUGGAACGAAAGUGGUCGCGCUGAAUCUCACGUCGAUGCAGUGCCACGAGGAGUUCGAACCGCCAGAGCUGCCACCAGCGCGACGUUAUGACACGGACAAGAAAUGGACAGAAUCUAGAGGCACGCUGGAGGACGCGGACGCCUCCUACGCCGGAAGCAAGAUCCGCCGGACGCAUCCAGUGUCCGAAGACAAGCGGGAAGACGACGAUGACUCUAUAAAGCCAGCAGGCAAGGCAGGAGAAGUGACCAUCAAGGACGUGGAGGCGGCCUUGAAUUACCCGAAGGCUGCUGCGGCCAGCGAAGUUGUGUCCAGGCGCAGUAGCCUGAGGAACUCUGCCGUGCCGGUGUCCCGAUGCUGCCUGGAAGACAUCGUCUCGCGUCUUUUUCUCUGUGUACUCCUCACGUUUAUGAACGGGGUGUUUUGACAAGCACA